UAAAGCUGGCCACUCAUGCAAAUUGUCGCCUAGGCCCUGUGGUAUCUCGUUCAACAACUAUAUAACCACUCUGCAGACCUGUAAGCACGCGCCCAAGCUUCGUUCUACUUAAUUAUCUACGCCGUGUGCUGUGCUAUAUCGGAAUACCAUGAAUCAGACAUCUAGAACAGACGACAUCCUCGACAAUCCCGGAUGGAACCAAAGCCCGCCGUCGCUGAGUGCCGAAGAGACCACAAGGCAGGACCUCAAUGGCAUCACUAAUCGACGGGAGCAAAGAGACCAUACGCUCCAAAACUCAGACUGUCAAGACAGACCGACCCAGCUAGAGAUGACACCACCCCGCGAAGACACUGCACCCCCGAUCCAGGGCGGGAAGGGGGACGAAUUCAAUGUGACUGCCCCUGUGGUUAACCAGUCGCAUCGUCAGGCCAAAGUCUUGACGUUUGAAUUCUCAAUUCCUCGCUUCCUUCGCCCCCUCAUCAAAUUUGCUUCCUUUAUUGGACCAGGCUUCCUGAUUGCCGUCGCCUACAUAGACCCUGGUAAUUACGCCACCGAUGCUGCAGCUGGUGCAGAGAGCAGAUAUGCUCUUCUCUUCGUGGUCCUGAUGUCCAAUCUCUUCGCCGUUUUUCUACAGUCCCUGUGUAUUAAGCUAGGCACAGUGACGGGCCUUAGUCUUGCCGAAAACUGCAGAGAACAUCUUCCGAAAUGGAUGAACAUGGCUCUCUAUAUACUAGCCGAGUCUGCUAUUGUCGCUACUGAUAUUGCAGAGGUGAUUGGUUCGGCCAUUUCACUGAAUCUCUUGUUAAAGGUCCCUCUAGUGGCUGGGUGCGUUAUUUCCCUGGUCGAUGUGCUAAUUCUUCUGAUAUUCUACCGACCUCAUGGAGCGAUGUGGGGCCUUCGGGCUUUUGAGUUCUUCGUGAUGUUUCUCGUGAUUGGGGUCGUGAUCUGCUUUUGUAUCCAGCUUUCCCUGAUCAAGGAGCAAUCUGUUGGCAUGGUUUUUCGAGGCUACCUUCCGUCUGCAGCCGUCGUACAAGGGUCAGGCAUCUACCAAAGUUGCGGCAUUCUAGGAGCGACAGUUAUGCCUCACUCUUUAUUUUUGGGAAGUGGUACCGUCCAACCUCGGCUCAGAGAAUAUGAUGCUGGAAAAGCCCAUGUAGAUCCCGCAGCCGGUGACGAGGACACACCAUAUCGACCCUCGAUUCAGGCCAUACGCAGUUGCAUGAAGUAUUCGAUUGUGGAACUUACACUGUCACUUUUCACGUUCGCCCUCUUUGUCAAUAGUGCUAUCCUCAUUGUGGCUGCAGCAGCGCUUUACGGAACACCCGGAGCCGCCAAUGCCGACCUGUUUGGCAUCUAUCAACUGUUGUCACAGUCUAUCGCACCUGCGGCAGGGACUAUAUUUGGCCUGGCUUUGCUCCUUUCGGGCCUGUCUGCAGGGAUUGUUUGUACCAUCGCGGGACAGAUGAUCAGUGAGGGCAUGAUCAAAUGGACAUGUCGGCCAUGGAUUCGUCGACUGCUGACUCGUUCAAUCAGUAUUGUUCCCAGCGUGAUCAUUGCUGCUGCUAUUGGGAGAGAAGGGCUGAACACAGCUUUGACAGCGUCUCAAGUCGUUUUGAGUGUCAUCCUUCCAUUCGUAACCGCGCCGCUCGUCUAUUUUACUUGCCGCAAUAAAUUUAUGACCGUCGGGCAGUCCAGGACCCAAGCUGAUGAGACUGAACAGACUCCCCAGUCUGAAGUCGUCAAGAUGCGGAACAGCUGGCCUGUCUCUGUGCUGGCAUUUCUCGUGUGGCUGGUCAUCACUGUUAUGAACAUCGCAUUGUUGGUAUUGGUUGGACUGGGCCUGGCAUAGACAUCGCUUCUAGGAUAUGAAAUAAAGUCCACACAGGAGGAAAUGUAUCUAGAUGAAUCAAUGCUAUUGAUGAUAGAAGAA